AUUUCAAACACAGCCUAGCAAACUAUAGACUAGGCAAUGAAUCUCGAGUAAUAAUUAAACGGAUCAGGUGAUUUACCUAUAAAUUACGCUUUAAUUCGUGGUACGUGCGAGUGCUUAAAGUGGCGCGGUAAAGCGUGUUUAAUAAACGUAUCACUUUCACGAGCUUGUGCUGCGAUGGCGUCUUGGAAAAUACGUGGACGGUUAUUAAUUAUAGUUUAUUUUUUCACGUGCAUUACUUUAGUAUACUGUAAAAGUUUGUUGCCGUUUUCUGAAACGGAAAAGACGAACUAUGAAGGUGGCGACGAUGUUUCGGCACAAUUUGUGUCAGGUCAAGAGGGAUAUUUUGUGCCCUUUUCUAAUACUGACUUUCUCAGUGACGAUGCUGCAAUUUCAGGUCUGCAGAAGAAAACAUUCAUUAAAGGGCAGCUACUCGGUUCCUCUGAAGCAGCCUGGGAUGCCAUGUCUCCAAAAUUGAGGUGUGGUGACGAUCUCAUAAAUUUACAACUCAGUGGUCCAGAGGUAGAAAAUGUUGAGCUUUGUCGAGGUAAUGGGGUGGCUGUUCUUCUCACUCAUUUGCCACCUCACUGUGGACACGCCGCACCCACUUAUACAGGUCUCGUUUAUGCUACUCCCUAUGAUGGAUGUGGUGUUACGCAAAGGGAGGUUUAUUCCAUAGAUGAGCAAAUGGAGAAACCUUUUACAACUGCCCUAGUUUCCCAAGGACCAGAUGGAAAGCCUCAACAACCCAAAUACCCCCAGAUGCCUUGGCUUUAUGACUUUGUUGGUUACCCUUAUGGUGACCUGAAACCUGCUCCAUCCUUUGGCUCUGACAGUAAAUCAGGUGGUCAAGCACUGGAUGGAAAGCCUCCACAACCCAAAUACCCCCAGAUGCCUUGGCUUUAUGACUUGUUGGUUACCCUUAUGGUGACCUGA